AUGCUCAGUCGGUCCUUGUCGAAUAUGACCUUCUCCCUGAAGUCGUUGCCCUCCUUGAUGACAUUUAGCAAAUUCCAUACCAGCCCCUUGGCUUUGGCUGUAAUGGGACCCCAGAAAAAGGCGUAUGUGCGGGAUAAGCCACAUAUGAACAUUGGCACUAUUGGGCAUGUUGACCACGGCAAGACGACUCUUACUGCAGCCAUCACUAAAGUAUUGUCUGAGGAGCAGAAGGGCAAAACUAUCUUUAAGUCUUACGAAGAGAUUGAUGCAGCGCCCGAAGAAAAGAAGCGUGGUAUUACUAUAAACGCAGCUGUCGUCGACUACACAACUGACAAACGCCAUUAUGCCCACACAGACUGUCCUGGACAUGCCGAUUACAUUAAGAACAUGAUCACUGGUGCCAAUCAGAUGGAAUGUGCUGUAAUUGUUGUUGCCGCGACGGAUGGAACGAUGCCUCAAACUCGAGAGCACUUGCUUUUAGCUAAACAAAUUGGAAUUCAGAAUGUCAUUGUUUUUAUCAACAAGGUAGAUGCUGCGGAUGCCGAAAUGUUGGAGCUCGUUGAACUGGAAAUCCGCGACACUCUUAAGCAAUAUGGAUUCGAUGGAGAUAAUACUCCCAUAGUUAGUGGCUCAGCACUUUGUGCCUUGGAGGGCAGGGAUCCUGCUAUCGGUCGCGAUAAGAUUGUUGAACUUCUCAAGGUUAUUGAUGAGAUUCCCAUGCCCAAGCGUGACCUUGACAAGCCUCUGCUACUGCCAAUUGAACAGGUGUUCACAAUAACCGGCCGUGGCACGGUUGCUACUGGCAGUAUCAAACGCGGCAAAAUAAAGCUACAGGAUCAGGUUGAGAUGGUUGGUUACAACAAGAUUUUGAAGUCGACAGUCACGGGGAUCGAGAUGUUUAAACAGAUGUUAGAUUACGGUGAAGCCGGUGACCAGGUUGGCAUUCUUCUCCGCGGUGUUAAGCGCGAUGAAAUUCGUCGUGGUAUGGCUAUCGUCGCUCCCAAAUCAGCAUCUAUCUACAACUACUUCCAGGCUCAGGUGUACAUGCUUUCGAAGAAGGAGGGUGGCCGACCGAAGCCCUUCACCAACAACUUCCAGUUGCAGAUCUUUAGUAUGUCUUGGGAUUGUCCUGCUUUCAUUCAACUGGAAGAGGGACGGGAACUACUUAUGCCUGGAGAGGACGCCACCAUCAAACUGCACAUGCAGAAGAAGAUGUUCUUGGAACCAGGUCAACGCUUCACAGUUCGCUCUGGCGGUGUAACGAUGGGCUACGGCGUGGUCUCCGAGCUUCUACCCGACCCUGGAAUGGGUAAAUGGGGGGAUUAG